AGGAGGCGGCUGAGCAGGACCUGAGGGCAUUAGCCUCCUCCAACAAGUGGUGGCCUCGGGCAGCCGUCACCUCCAUCUCCAGGACACCCCUGGACGUGGUGAAGGUCCGCCUGCGCUCUCAGCGCCCUGCUGGGACUGAAGCCUCGCUCCAGACUCUGGACCUCUCCUAAGCCGAAUCGCCCUCCUCCCUCCGAGCCACGGGGCAGGGCCUCCUGUGCCGCAGUGGUGUCCUGGAGCCCCUGCACCUGUCUCCAAAUGGUAUCCGCUGUGCCGCCAGGACCCGCUUCACUGGCACCAUGGGUGCCUUUGUGAAGAUUGUGAGGCACUAGGAUAACUGGGUGAUGAACCUGCCAGCCACCACCGUCUACUUCACUGGCUUACGACAAACUCCAGGCCGUCCUGUGUGACAGAGCCCUGACCUCUGAUCUCUACGCCCUAUUGGGAUGAGGCUCAAUCUUUGUUUCACUUUAUUUCUCAGAAGAGAAUGACAAGAAGCUAUCUCCUGUGGAAUAUGCACUUAUCACUCCUAAUUCACUGAGACGCAGUAGACCCGAAUGAUCUACAGGAGAAGCUUAUAGGUGGAAGGAACUUGCAUCUCUUGGAUGAGACUUUGGACUGUGGACUUUUGCAUUAAUGCUGAAAUGAGUUAAGACUUUGGUGGACUGUUGGGAAGGCAUGAUUGGUUUUGAAAUAUGAAAGCAGCAUCAUUUCAAGAACUUGGACUGAUAUAAAUAAUAAACAUGAAGUCCAGGGGUAGGGCUGGCUGUAAACAUGUUGCAGUAAGAUUUUCAGGAACCUAAGUUCUUCCCAUAAUUGUGAUAUGGUUGUCACAAUUCCGGGCAUCACAGCCUGCAAAGAAUCUCCAGAGCAGAAAGGGGAUCAUGUUUUCUUUUGUCUUUUUUCUUUAAAGAAAGAAAUGAUUUCCUAGAAGUUUGCUGCAGACUUCCUCUGUGUCUCAUUGGAUUUGUUCAUUUUUCCCAUUCUCUAAGAUUCAUGAGAUCCAGUUAAAUGGAUAAGAUCAGGAAGUGAUGGGGUGUGGUAUAAGAUAAUCUGGCAGAUUGCAGACUGUGUUGAAUUAGAACGUGUCUCUCCAUUCCUUCAUGAUGAAUGUUCCCAUUUCAACUGAAGAAUUAUGCUGUUCGAAAGGAUUCUUGCUGUGUUCUUUGACUGCAGCUCUCAGAAAUGAGUGAGGAGAGAGUGACAUACACAGAGACAAAAUUCCCCUUUUCAAAAUGAAAGAACGGAAGACGUUCAGCUCACAAAAGUAAAGGUCCCUCUUCUGUAGGGUUGCUGCAUUUUGCUGGGGGUUCACUUCAGGCCUAUUCAACUGGUUCACUCCCUCGCCUGGAGAUGUCACUCAAGGUGGCUGGAGAACAGCAAAGAUGAGUGCCUGCUCCUUCCUGUGGGAUCUCUGACCUCAAGAGACACCAACCUGACACCAGUAGGAUCACUCCUGUAUAGGGUGUCUGACAACCCCUGCUGGAGGGUCUCACCCAGUUGCGUGGCACAGGGAACAGGACCCAUUUAACGAAGCACUCUGACAGUCCCUUAGUGGAGGGAUGUGCUUCGCUGAGAGGAAACCCACUCAUCUGGACUGCCUCGUUUCCUCAGAACUACCAGGAGGAAAGAGUACAAUCCCUGACAUCACACACUGCAGAGAUGGAUAACCAAGGAGUAAUCUACUCAGACCUGAAUCUGCCCCCAAACCCAAAAAGGCAGCAACGAAAACCUAAAGGCAAUAAAAGCUCCAUUUUAGCAACUGAACAGGAAAUAACCUAUGCGGAAUUAAACCUUCAAAAAGCUUCUCAGGAUUUUCAAGAGAAUGACAAAACCUAUCACUGCAAAGAUUUACCAUCAGCUCCAGAGAAGCUCAUUGUUGGGAUCCUGGGAAUUAUCUGUCUUAUCUUAAUGGCCUCUGUGGUAACGAUAGUUGUUAUUCCCUCUACAUUAAUACAGAGGCACAACAAUUCUUCCCUGAAUACAAGAACUCAGAAAGCACGUCAUUGUGGCCAUUGUGCUGAGGAGUGGAUUACAUAUUCCAACAGUUGUUAUUACAUUGGUAAGGAAAGAAGAACUUGGGAAGAGAGUUUGCUGGCCUGUACUUCAAAGAACUCCGGUCUGCUUUCUAUAGAUAAUGAAGAAGAAAUGAAAUUUCUGUCCAUCAUUUCACCAUCCUCAUGGAUUGGUGUGUUUCGUAACAGCAGUCAUCAUCCAUGGGUGACAAUAAAUGGUUUGGCUUUCAAACAUGAGAUAAAAGACUCAGAUAAUGCUGAACUUAACUGUGCAGUGCUACAAGUAAAUGGACUUAAAUCAGCCCAGUGUGGAUCUUCAAUAAUAUAUCAUUGUAAGCAUAAGCUUUAGAGGUAAAGCGUUUGCAUUUGCAGUGCAUCAGAUAAAUUUUGUAUUUCUUAAAAUAGAAAUAUAUUAUGAUUGCAUAAAUCUUAAAAUGAAUUAUGUUAUUUGCUCUAAUAAGAAAAUUCUAAAUCAAUUAUUGAAAUAGAAUACACACAAUUACUAAAGUACAGACAUCCUAGCAUUUGUGUCGGUCUCAUUUUGCUCAACAUGGUAUUUGUGGUUUUCAGCCUUUCUAAAAGUUGCAUGUUAUGUGAGUCAGCUUAUAGGAAGUACCAAGAACAGUCAAACCCAUGGAGACAGAAAGUAGAAUAGUGGUUGCCAAUGUCUGAGGGAGGUUGAAAUAGGAGAUGACCACUAACUGAUAGAACGUUACUUUGUGUCGUGAUGAAAACUUUCUAAAUUUCAGUAGUGGUGAUGGUUGUAACUCUGCGAAUAUACUAAAUAUCAUUGAUUUUUAAUCAUUUUAAGUGCAUGAAAUGUAUGCUUUGUACACGACACUUCAAUAAAGCUAUCCAGAAAAAAAAAAAA